AUGUUUGCUUUGUGCAGAGACCUUCGAGUCUGGCGACUGGUGCAGAAGUCCAAGUUUCUAGGAGUUGCUUGUUAUCAUGUCAGAGAGGGGGUGUACGGAUUCAAACCUCGCCCCUUGGCGUCUGAUGAACACAGUCUGCAGCUCACAUACACACAAGAAGAGCUGAACAAUCGGCUGAAAUAUGCCAACAUUGUGCAGCUUGUGGAUGCCUUCAGAACCCACGGACAUAAGCUGGCAAACCUGGAUCCUCUUGGCCUGCAGCCGAUCAGGCCAGUACCAGAACUCAACCUUGGACUGUACGGAGUCACAGAUGGAGACUCUACCCUGGUACCAACUUUAGGAAUAAUCAGUGGAACAGACUCGCAGAUGUCAGUCUCUGACCUGGUGCAGAAGUUAUCCCACCUGUAUUGUGGCUCCCUGGCUGUUGAAUUUCAGCAUCUGCCGACCCAGGAAGAAAGGAGCUGGUUUGCUGACAAGUUUGAGACCAGAGAGCAGCAGCAGAUUUCGGAUGACAGAAAGGCCAGUUUGGCUAAACUUCUGUUGAGAUGCCAGGCAUUUGACCAGUUUGUGGGCACUAAGUUUUCCAAUGUCAAACGUUACAGUGGGGAGGGUGGAGAAAGCAUGAUGGGAUGCUUUGAACAGAUCUUUAGAAACUGUGCUGACUAUGAUGUACAGAAAGUUAUCAUGUGUAUGCCACAUCGAGGUCGACUCAACUUUCUCACCUGCCUACUCAACUUUCCACCAGUCAUUAUCUUUAGAAAGAUGAAAGGCCUCACAGAAAUCCCUGAAGGUGCUAAGGCAGCUGGCGAUGUAUUGUCUCAUUUAUAUACAUCGGUAGACCUGAGCUAUGAGGGUCGACAAGUCCACGUGUCUCUGAUCCCAAACCCAUCACAUCUGGAGGCCAAUAACCCAGUCGCCGCAGGAAAAGCUCGCUCCAAACUGCAGACGUUAAAAAAGGGAAGCUACUCUCCUGAAACCAACUCUAAACCAGGAGAUGGUGUCUUGUGUCUGCAGGUGCACGGAGAUGCCAGUUUUACUGGACAAGGUGUGGUCGCUGAGACAUUUUGUUUUGCUGAGGCUCCGCACUUUGAGACCGGAGGGAGUGUCCACGUCAUCGUAAACAACCAGAUUGGGUUUACCACUGAGAGGGGCGAAGGGAGGUCCUCACUGUACUGUAGUGACAUUGCCAAGGUCAACAGCUACCCGGUAAUCCACGCCAAUGGCGACUUGCCUGAGGAUGUUAUAAGGGCUGCUUCACUAGCCAUGGAGUAUCGUCAGAAAUUCCGCCGUGAUGUACUCAUUGAUCUGGUCUGCUUUCGGAGAUGGGGGCACAAUGAAAUGGAUGAGCCGUCAUUCACUCAGCCAAUCAUGUACAGUAGAAUCAGUUCUCGGAGCAGCGUGCCAGACUUGUACAAGCAGGCCCUCCUGUCACAGGGAGUCUGUGAUGAGGCAGAGCUGCAAGAGAAUGUCCGACAGUGGAACCUGCAACUGGCAGAGAAUCUAGACCAAGUAACCUCAUUUCAAGUUCCGCCAUUCCAUUUGCAAUCUGGAUGGUCAUCUUUGGUGCAGGCACAGGACACUAUCACAGUCUGGGACACUGGUGCUGCACUAGAGCUGCUCAAGUAUGUCGGGGCCAGGUCUGUAACUGUCCCUGAUAGUUUGAAUGUCCACCCUACCAUCAAGAAAAGCCACCUGGAGAGAAGGGUCCAGAAGUUGGUCGAAGGUGAAGGUUUAGACUGGGCUACUGCUGAAGCCCUGGCCAUGGGCUCCUUGCUUCAUCAAGGUUAUAAUGUGAGGAUAAGUGGGCAGGAUGUGGGACGAGGGACCUUCAGUCACAGACACUGUAUGAUUGUGGAUCAGAAAACCGAUGACAUCUACAUUCCCCUCAACAACUUGUCUAGCUCACAGACAGCCUUUCUGGAGGUGGCCAACAGUGCCCUCUCUGAGGAAGGUGUGCUGGGAUUUGAGUACGGCAUGAGUAUAGAUGAUCACAACACUCUGGUCUUGUGGGAGGCUCAGUUUGGGGACUUCUUCAAUGCUGCCCAGACUAUCAUUGAUACCUAUGUGUCUUGUGGAGAAUUAAAAUGGCUGCUGCAGUCUGGACUUGUAUUGCUGCUUCCCCAUGGCAUGGACGGGGCUGGCCCAGAACACUCUUCAUGCAGGGUCGAGAGGUUUUUACAGCAAUGUGACAGUAAAGAGGACCAGGUGGACGGAGACAACGUCAACAUUCAGAUUGUCAACCCCACAACACCAGCUCAGUAUUUUCAUCUUCUCCGCAGACAAAUGGUGCGCAACUACCGCAAGCCCCUGGUUGUCGCGGCACCUAAAGGGAUUCUGCGCCUGCCUGCAGCGACUUCCUCUUUGUCUGACAUGUUGCCAGGAACACACUUCCAACCAGUAUUGCCUGACCCACUCGUGUCAGCCUCAGAUGUGACACGAUUGGUUUUUUGCUCUGGGAAACACUUUUAUACUCUUGUGACAGAACGAGAAAAAAGAGGCCUCAGCAACGUGGCAUUUAUAAGACUGGAGAGUCUGUGCCCAUUCCCUGUGAUGGAGCUGCAGAAUGUGCUGCACCAGUUUCCUAAGGUCAAGGAGUUUGUUUGGAGCCAGGAGGAGCACAGGAACAUGGGUGCCUGGACAUUUGUCUCUCCUCGCUUCCUGAACCUGAUCGGCUGUCAGCUCAAGUACGCAGGAAGAGAGGUCAGCGGCACCCCAGCCACCGGUGUGGACACAGUUCACAGGCAGGAGAUUGAGCACAUCAUGGAGCAAACAUUUUCUUCAGCAGACAAUAAAAGAGCAUCAUGA